CUACGCAGGAGAGAGGGGCAGAAGGCGAAUGGUGGAGCUGAAGAUGGCGGAUGGAGACAGCGGGAGUGAGCGCGGUGGCAGCAGCGGGGGAGGCGGCGGAGGAGGCGGCUUCCAGCACUUCCAGAGGGACCAGGAGACCCAGGAGCUGGCGUCCAAGCGCCUCGACAUCCAGAACAAGCGGUUUUACCUGGACGUGAAGCAGAACAGCAAGGGCAGGUUCAUCAAGAUCGCCGAGGUAGGGGCCGGGGGCUCCAAGAGCCGCUUGACCCUCUCCCUGUCGGUGGCGGCGGAGUUCCGCGACUACCUCGGGGACUUCAUCGAGCACUACGCCCAGCUGGGGCCUAGCAGCCCGGAGCAGAUAGCCCAGGCCAGCUCGGGGGAGGACGGCGGGCCCAGGCGAGCUCUUAAGAGCGAGUUUCUAGUCCGGGAAAACCGCAAGUACUACCUGGACUUGAAGGAGAACCAGCGGGGGAGAUUCCUCCGGAUCCGGCAAACCGUAAACCGUGGACCCGGCUUUGGAGUUGGGGGCCCCGUGGGCGGCAUGCUGGCCGGCCAGACCAUAGCCCUUCCGGCCCAGGGGCUGAUAGAGUUCAGAGACGCCCUCGCUAAGCUCAUAGAUGAUUACGGGGGCGACGACGAGGAGCUGGCCGGGAGCAUGGCCGCCGGGGGCUACAGCGAGCUCCCCGAGGGCACCUCCAUCAUGGUGGACUCCAAACGGUUCUUUUUCGACGUCGGGUCCAACAAAUACGGAGUGUUCCUGCGCGUGAGCGAAGUGAAGCCCAGCUACAGGAACUCUAUCACCAUCCCGUUCAAAGCCUGGGGCAAGUUCGGAGGAGCUUUCAGCAGAUACGCGGAGGAGAUGAAGGAGAUCCAGGAGCGGCAGAGGGAUAAGAUGUACGAGAGGAGAGACGAGUCCGAGGGAGAGGAGGUGGAUGACGACUGAGAGGAACAGCUGUUGUAGUCUGAUCUGCAGUGUAGGGGGUAUAAAAAAGAUAAGUGCAUGAAGAAUCGUGCUGUAAUAGCCUACUAAAGUAUCGUGGCGUUAAAAAAAAAAAGAAGUAAAUGUGCAGGGAGUUAUUGGUGUAUUAUUCUAAAGUAUGUAGAGUUGGAGUGGUUGUGUGAAAAAUGAAAGUUUGGGGUGGGGUUGUAAAUGAGAUCAAAUCUCAUUGGCUGGAGCAAAAAAAAAAAAAAAGAAGAAGAGUGAGUUAUGCUUUAUUGUAUAAAAAAAGAAAUAAGAAAAGAAAAGAGAGAGAAACUACUAAAACCAGCAAAUUGGUUUUUUUUAUCUAGAAAUGAAGCCAACGAAUGCUUUCCUAUUUGCAACAUACUUUAUAUUUAAGGGAGUGAGGAGUCAACCUGUUUAAGAUGUUUUCCUUGCCCAGUUUCAGGAGAGAACCAGCAUCCAGUGUGUUCCUGUCCCAGUCCAGGUCUCUCCUUCAGUGGGCAGUUUGUGGGGAUUUGUUUUUUGGCAAGUAGGAUGAGGAAAGUGUAUAAAGCUGCUGGGUGUUUUGCAUUAGACAUGUCUCUAUAUAUACAUAUACAUAUAUAUAUAUAUAUAUAUAUACAGAGCUGUCAAACAACAAGGGAGCUGUGCUGUUAAUCGAAAAAGAUUACCCAAAAUGUUAGGGGAAGUUACCGAGAGGAUUAUCUUUAAGCCCAAACAACAAGGGACCUCGCGGACUAAACUAAAGCUUUGACUCCAGUAGUCAGUUACAGUGUGGAUCAGCUGGGUUUUAUGUUAUACAUACAAUCUAGGCAAUGUUUUUAAAAGCAUAAUUCACAGUGUUUGUUUCCUCACACCAGAGCAUCCCUGGUGUUUGAGAAACCCCCCACACACCAGGGGCAACAUACAGAUGGGGACUUUUUAAUGAUGCUCAUUUUGCUCCCACGUGCCACUGCAAGGGUCCAAAUAUCUGGCGGUCGGGACGGGUAGGAGCGCUGCAUCAGAUACAGCUUCUCUGAGUUUUCCCAUCAGCCCCCCUCUCUCUGUUGUCGUGGUCAGAGCUGGACUGACGGGCCGUCUUAACCAGCUACAUGGUCAUUUUCUGACGUAACUUAACAACAUCUUCUGAAGAUCCCUGGACAGAAACACAUUGAUGGAUGUUGUUUGUUUUGUUUUUUUGUUAUUCAAAGAGAACUAUAUUGAAAUGAGAUUCUACUUAUAGGAAGAAAAAAAAUUAUUACAGAGCAAACCAGCAAAAGAUAUUUUGAAAUACAUAUAAAAAAUAAAAAUGUAUUAUGUAAAGGAAUUUCAAGACAAAAACAUUUAAUGAAAAAAAAAAAGGUUAAUUUCUUGAAACAAAGUUGUGACUCAAACCUCCAGAUUAUUUUUCAUUUUGUUUUUCCUAGAGUGAAACUAUAACACUUCCUUAAUUAAACAACUUUAAAUGCAA